UGCCCAGCACUGACAGGAUGACGGGGCCCAGGACCUCCGAGGGCAACGCCGCUGGACUGAGUGGGAGCACUACAGGUCGGCCCCCAAGAGCCCUGGUGACGGAGUGCGUUCCUUACCUGUUGGGCCGCUAGCCACAAAGUCAGCAGUCUGAAGCCGCCAGCUACUCCUUGGGAGAAAGACGAGGCUCUCUGCUCGUAAAGAGGGUCAAGGUGGAAGGCCCGAGGGCUGGGGCAGGACCACGCAGGCAGUCGCUGACGCCCUCCAGUGGGGGCACAUCAAGACACCCCCCUCCCUCCCCUGGAACCUGCGCCAGAGAUACCCCCUUCCCAAAGGACACUCCUAACCAAAGCCUACAGAGCAGCCUCCCCCCCAGCCGCCCAAGAGCCAAGCAUGCCCAGCCCAGCCGAGGUGCUCAGCGCCCCAGCCCCCGAACUCCAGGCAGGGGACACUGGCAGGUCCCUGAGCACCCACUCUGCCUCCAGAGCCUGCCAGGGCUCCCUCCGAGUCAGAGACAAGAUUUGGGAGUGGGAGGGGAAGAGGGAGCCGGCAGACCUGGGUAGGAGUGCAGAUGGACACAGGAGACACGAGGAGGCAUUGGUGGCCUGCACGCCCGGCAGGAGAGCCAGUGACAGCCCGAGGGCCUGGGUCCCGGAGGCCCAGCCUGGUGCCCGGCUGGACUCCGAGAGCACACAGGGGACAGGGAGCCAGGAGCCAGCGAGAGGCGCAGGGCAGCAGGUGGCCCCGAGGCCUGGCGGGGGCCCCCCCAAGGACAGCCUGUCGGUGCUGCAGCAGGUCAGGAAGUUGGAGCAGGCCUUGAGGGAUGGCUCUGCUGGCCUGAACCCUCAGCCCCCCGGGAUCUGCUACUCCCCCAUCUGCCUGCCGGGCCCUCCGGAGGCCCGCACCCUGCUGGACCUGGGGGCCCGGGAGCCCAGCCCCAAGCCUGCCAGGACCUGGAACCAGAGCCAGGAGAGCAUGUACGAGCGGUAUGAGGUGGCACCCCCAAGGGCCUUCAUCAACCCGCUGCCCAAGCCCCGGAGGACGUUCAAACACGAGGGUGAAAGGGCCGGGGCCGGGCUGCCAGACAUCGGUGUACGCAGAGAGAAGAGCCUGCCACCCCUGCCCUCCUUGCCUCCCCUUCCCCUGCCCUCCUCGCCACCUCCACCCUUACCCUCCUCACCGGCCCCGCCCCUGCCCUCCAAGCCACCCCCGCCCUCUGUGAACAGAAGACUCUGGAAUGGGAGGCAGAGGCCCAGUGCCGACCACAGGAAGUCGUACGAGUUUGAAGACGUGCUGCAGUCCUCCACGGAGAGCUGCAGGGUGGACUGGUACGCGCAGACCAAGCUGGGGCUCUCCCGCAUGCUGUCCGAGGAGAACGUCUACGAGGACAUUCUAGGUGAGGCUGCUGGUCCAGCCCUGGUCAAGCCCAUGUUCUUACGGCACGGCUCCGAGAGGAGCAGCUUCAAGCCACUGGACACGCGGAAGCCGAGCCGGGACGGGACUGUGUCGCCUUCCCGGGUCAGCCCCCCAUCCACUCCCAGCAGCCCCGACGACACCUUCUUCAACCUUGGGGAUGCGCAGAACGGCCGCAGGAAGAGGAAGAUCCCCAAGCUGGUGCUCCGUAUCAACGCUGUGUACGAGGCCCGACGGGGGAAGAAACACGUCAAGAGGCUGUCCCAGUCGGCAGAGAGCAGCUCCGGGAAAGUGACGGAUGAGAACAGCGAGUCAGACAGCGACGCCGAGGAGAAGCUGGAAGCUCACAGCCAGCGCCUGGUCCACGUGCGGGCCCGCCUGAAGCAGGCCCCCCGCUGCCCCCCGCUGGACCGGAGGCUGCUGGAGCCCCCGGAGCGGCAGCUCUUCGAGUACUUCGUGGUGGUGUCGCUGCACAGGAAGCAGGCGGGGGCCGCCUACGCGCCCGAGCUCACGCAGCAGUUUCCACUGAAGCUGGAAAGGUCCUUCAAGUUCCUGCAGGCAGCUGAGGACCAGCUGAAGGCCAUCCCUCAGUUCUGCUUCCCCGACGCCAAGGACUGGGCCCCCGUCCAGGAGUUCACCAGCGAGACGUUCUCCUUUGUGCUGACCGGGGAAGACGGGAGCCGUCGGUUCGGGUACUGCCGCAGGCUGCUGCCCAGCGGCAAGGGGAAGCGCCUGCCCGAGGUCUACUGCAUCGUCAGCCGCCUGGGCUGCUUCAGCCUCUUCUCCAAGAUCCUGGACGAGGUGGAGAAACGGCGGGGCAUCUCGCCUGCCCUGGUCCAGCCCCUCAUGAGGAGCGUGAUGGAAGCCCCAUUCCCAGCCCUGGGAAAGACCAUCGUGAUCAAGAACUUCCUGCCAGGGUCAGGGACUGAGGUCAUCGAGCUGUGUCGCCCGCUGGACUCACGACUGGAGCACGUGGACUUUGAGUCUCUCUUCUCCUCGCUCAGCGUCCGCCACCUGGUCUGCGUCUUCGCCUCCCUGCUCCUGGAAAGGAGGGUCAUCUUCGUGGCAGACAGGCUCAGCACCCUGUCCACGUGCUGCCACGCCGUGGUGGCGCUCACCUACCCCUUCAGCUGGCAGCACACCUUCGUGCCCGUGCUGCCGCCUGCCAUGAUCGACAUCGUAUGCUCGCCCACGCCCUUCCUCAUCGGGCUGCUCUCGGGCACGCUGCCCCUGCUCCAGGAGCUGCCGCUGGAGGAGGUCCUUGUGGUCGACCUGGACAACAACCGGUUCCUCAGGCAGAUGGACGACGAGGACUCGAUCCUGCCCCGCAAGCUGCAGGCCGCCCUGGAGCAGGUGCUGGAGCAGCGGGAGGAGCUGGCCCGAGAUCCGGAGGAGGGGCCCGUGGACUGCAGACCCGGCCCGGAGUCCAGCCCCCUGAACGCCGUGGUGUCGGAGGCCUUCGUGCGCUUCUUCGUGGAGAUCGUGGGCCACUACUCGCUGUUCCUGACGCCGGGCGAGCGCGAGGAGCGGACGCUGCAGCGGGAGGCCUUCCGCAAGGCCGUGUCUUCGCGGAGCCUGCGCCGCUUCCUGGAGGUCUUCAUGGAGACGCAGACCUUCCGCGACUUCGUCCAGGAGCGCGCGCUGCGCCGGCAGGACGCCAAGGGUCUGUUUGAGGUCCGAGCCCAGGAGUACCUGGAGACCCUCCCCAGUGGCGAGCACAGCGGUGUCAACCGCUUCCUGAAGGGACUAGGAAAUAAGAUGAAGUUUCUGCACAAGAAGUAG